AUGGCCAACCCCGGCGCACCCGCUGAACAGCCUCGCAUGAUCUCGCGUCCAAAGAGAGCCCCCACUGGAGACGAAGAGGCUACUGCGAUCCUGCGUCUGGGAGAGUUCCAGCAGGUGCCCGCGCUGAACUUAUCCGAAGCCCGUACCAUCAUCAACGCAGUCACGACUCGCAGGCGCAACAUCAAGCAAAAGGUCACCGAGUCCGAGACACUUCUCAAAACCCAGGAAUACCUCGAGUUGUUCGCGCGCUUCAAGCAGCAGGAACACGUCACUGCCGUCGAACAGUUGCUCACAACCCGCACCGAGCUCGAGCGCUUUGAGCGCAGUCAGCUCGGAAGUCUAUGCCCUGAUUCCGCUGAGGAAGCAAAGACACUGGUGCCCUCACUUGAAGGCAAGAUCUCAGAUGAGGAGCUGCAGGAGCUACUUGACGAGAUGAUGAAGCUGAGGAACUUCGUGCAAUGA